AUGCCCAAGCUAUCCUAUUUGAUACGGAAAUGCAAAGGCAAGGAUGGAGAUAAAGUCGGCGAGCACGAAGAAGUGGACGUAUUCAGCAUCCUAAACGAAGACAGCUGUUAUUCAUCGGACCAGCUGGAAAUAGAUAGUCACGUUGAAGAGGGGUGGGCCGAUGCCAAUUUGGCGCAAAACCAAAGAAAUAAACACCGACAGGGGAGUAACUCCAGUGAGACCAAUGGGAGUAGUGCGAAGAAAUUCUCACGUGGUCCCGGCGGUAACUCAAAGGAGGGGUGUAAAAGUGGAAAGGACGACACGACGAACGAACAAGUAACUAGCAGCUCGGGGGAGAGAAACCUGGAUAACAUUAUGUUGUCGAAAAGGGCACACAUAUUCCACAGCCUCAAAAUAUUAUCGCCUAAGGGGGAAGGGAAAGGUGAAAAUGGGGGCGGAGAGGCGAGAGCGAAAGGUAGAAGCGACGCGAGGAUCCAAGUGAAUGAAGGGCUCCAGGACACAGAUGGUAACCGCUCCCCCGGAGAGGAAUGCCCAAAACAGAAUAACAAACGCAGGAACCCCCUGAAUAAUACGUACAAAAAUUUCACGGUGUACGAAAAUAAACAUCCACACGUCUCGGAGCUGUACAACGACAUCUUGGAAAGCAUCAACCAUUUGAAUAAGCUAAAUGUGAGAGAGGCGUAUCAUCACUUAAGAGAUGUGUACGUGAAAAAGUACGCCACAGACAGAGAGCUGAAGAGAAAACAAUUUUUCCAAAAUCGGUUUGUUAGCGAAAUAUUAUAUAGAUACAAAAUGAUGAAUAAAAUCGAACUCAUAUUUAAUUUGUUCGUUAAAGACACAUGGGAUGAUUGUUUGAAUUUUUCUGUCAUUUCGAAGAAGGUUUACAGAAAUUUUAUUUUUGAUUAUCUCAUUGAUCUGGUGGACGUGAAUGGGAUGCUGUGUUUUUCCAGAUACACCAACUUGCCAAGUGGAAGCAGUGACGACAUUUCAGCCUCCCUCACGGCGCAGACCUCCGAGGAAUUUGUGAGCGACGCGGGGGGAGCGGAAGGAAUAGAAGAUGUGGAAGGAGUGGAAGACCCAGCACGGGAGGGGAAGUCCCUUCAGAAGUGUCCUAAGAAAACCCUACCCCAGGGGAGCAACGGAGAAGAACAAUACAACGGCUACGAAGAAGGAUGCUCUAACCUCCGUGACAACCGCCGCGGUAGCCGCGCGCGGAAGCGGGACAGCAAGAGAAAAGAGGCAGGGCCUAGGCGCAUAGAGAACAAGUACAUCGAUUACGGACACUUCCAUCUGGCGUAUGAUGACGAGGACGAUAACGAAGUCUUUUACUUCGUGACGAAAAAGGACUUUAACACGUUCAAGCGGAUAUAUUCUAGGAAACUGGGUGAGGGGUUUCUGAGCGCCGAGGGGCAGCAGGAGGAAGACAAAGGGGGGACUCCCACUGGGGAGGAGGCAAGCUCAGACCAGUUCCAGACGGCUGAAGAGAGCGAAGAGGAUAGUGGAAAGACGAGCGAAUUGCAGAGCGAAUCAAACAGCGAACCGAGGAGCGAACCGAAGAGCGAAUCGAACAGCGAAUCGAAUAACGAAUCGAAUAGCGAACCAAGGAUCGAAUCUAUGCGCAGAGCAAAGCGGCAGCCCACACGCAAAGAGAAAGUGAAAAAGUCUACGAACCAGAGUAUGAGGAAACAUGAGGACGCUAACGCCGAGUCUAUGCAUAGAAGGAUUGAAGAAAGAGAAAGAAGUGACCUGAACACGUUCAUAUAUUUUUACGUAAAUUUGCUGAUACCCUCCAAUUUCGUGUACGUCAUUGCCGCCAUGAUUGAGAGUUCCCUGUUCAAAUCAUGGAUUCCCUUCUAUUCCUUCCCCUUCAAAUUUGGAAUCAGCGAAUGCAAAACGUUAAAGCAACGAGGAAUGCUCGAUAAAAUAGUUUACACAAAAAUUGCCAUGCCGUGGAUAAUCAAGGACAGGUUCUUACUGAUGGACAUAUGGAUAUGCGAAGACUUGAAAUUUUCGAAAGGCAUCUUUUUAUAUGCCUCAAAUUUUCCGAAGAAUUCUGGAAAUAUGACGAACGUGGUUUUGGACACGGACAGGAGCAUGGAAAUUGAUAUGGCGAUCCACGCGUUUAUCGCCCCCAGGAAUUUCAACGAGACUGUCGUCAAGUGUUACAUCGAAGUAUCACCCAACAUAAAUCUGAACGAGUUUUUUAUUUCAUUUUUGACAAAAGUUUUCAUCAAAAGCUGCAUAUCCCACUUCGUCAACGCGUGUAGAAGUUUCCAGUCCAACGAAGAGUACAACCGUGAGCUGCGCAAGAGCCGCUUAUUUUACGAUCUCUUGUGGAAGGCAGCGGAGGAGUGUAAAAUAUAUGACCCAUGA